CGCUCUGUGGCCGGAAGAUUUGCAGCCCCCUUCCUUAGCACCCUUUGGUUUCAGUGCAGCACUUCAGACUUGGCGCUGGGAAACUGCUGGGACAGGCAGGAUGUGUUGGCUGAAAUUAUCCCAUUGCUCUUCAGAGGCUUUGUUCACAAGGCACUGGAUGUAGGCUGGCUAAACCUUGGAGAGACGUUUGUAUUCCUGGGGCCGGGGUUCAAAUUACACUUCAAGUCUCGGGGGUCUGCGGCAGCCGGAAGCUGGAAAGAACCACCGUUGCUGCCUGAGCUGCUUAGAAAGGCACAGGGUCUUUGCUUUCACCAUGUCAAAGAGGAUUAAUGAUGCCUUCCCUUUCCACUGUGUCCCCCACCUGUCAUCUUGCUAGGAUCUAGCUACAGAAUGAACAUAGCAGCAGUGUUUAAUGCUCUGCUAGUGUCUGUCCUUGCAGCUGUGCUGUGGAAAUACAUCAGGCUGCGAGAGCACCUCUUUGUGGUGGAAGAGGAGCUGAUCCUUACACGCCAGUCUCAGGAGCUCUCUCAGGUCCAGAUUGAUUACCAUGCAGCUCUUCAAGCACUGGUGGAGGAUGGAACCAGGAUGGUGUGCACGGGCAGGAUGCACACUGACCGCAUCUGCCGCUUCGAGUCCCUCUGUUAUUCCACGGAGGCAGAGGAGUUUGUCUUCUUUCACAGCAACUCCUCAGUCAUGUUGCCCAACCUGGGAUCUAGACGAUUCCAGCCAGCCUUGCUUGAUCUCUCCUCAGUGGAGGACCAUAAUACCCAGUAUUUUAACUUUGUGGAGCUGCCAGCUGCUGCACUGAAAUUUAUGCCAAAGCCAGUCUUUGUGCCUGAUGUGGCACUGAUCACCAACAGAUUCAACCCAGACAACUUGAUGCACGUCUUUCACGAUGAUCUUCUCCCAAUCUACUACACAAUGCAGCAGUUUCCAGACUUGGACCAGGAGUCACGGCUGUUCUUCAUGGAGGGGUGGAGUGAAGGCCUGCACUUCGAUCUAUACAAGUUGCUGAGUAACAAGCAGCCACUCCUGAAAGAACAGCUUAAAACUCUGGGCCGGCUCCUUUGCUUUACGAAAUCCUACGUAGGACUGUCCAAAAUCACCACGUGGUACCAGUAUGGGUUUGUGCAGCCCCAAGGCCCAAAGGCAAACAUCUUAGUUUCUGGCAAUGAGAUCAGGCAGUUCACCAAGUUCAUGAUGGAGAAGCUGAAUGUCAGCUUGGAAGAAAGCUCCAGUGAGGAGUAUAUUAUUGUAUUCAGUCGAACAAUCAACAGACUAAUCCUAAAUGAGGCAGAACUAAUUUUGGCACUUGCCCAAGAGUUUCAGAUGAAAACCAUUACAGUCUCUUUAGAGGAUCAUUCAUUUUCUGAUAUUGUACAUCUGAUCAACAAUGCAUCCAUGCUGGUCAGCAUGCAUGGUGCCCAAUUAGUGAUGUCUCUCUUCCUGCCAAGAGGGGCUACUGUGGUGGAGCUGUUUCCUUAUGCUAUCAACCCUGAACACUACACCCCAUACAAAACACUGGCAACACUCCCUGGCAUGGAUCUCCAGUAUAUUGCUUGGCAGAACACUGAUAGGGAAAACACUGUUACCUACCCUGACAGGCCUUGGGAUCAGGGAGGAAUUGCUCACUUAGACAAGGUGGAGCAGGAGCACAUCAUAAAGAGCAAAGAGGUCCCACGGCACCUCUGCUGUCGGAACCCUGAGUGGCUUUUCCGUGCCUACCAGGACACAAAAGUAGAUAUCCCCUCCCUUAUCCAAGUGAUCAGGCAGACUGUGAAGUCUAAGCCUGGACCCAAGAAGCAGAAGUGGACUAGUGGUCUGUACCCUGGCAAGGUGAGGGAUGCCAAAUGUCAAGCCUCCGUCCAGGGCACUAGUGAAGCUAAACUUGCUGUGUCUUGGCAGAUUCCUUGGAACCUUAAGUACCUGAAGGUCAGGGAGGUAAAAUAUGAAGUAUGGAUACAGGAGCAAGGUGAAAACACUUACAUGCCUUAUAUUUUGUCCCAUCAGAAUCACACCUUUUCAGAAAACAUUAAGCCAUUCACAAUAUAUCUGGUAUGGAUACGAUGCAUCUUUAACAAAAAUCUCCUUGGACCUUUUGCAGAUGUGCUUUUGUGUAGUACAUAAUCCACUGUCAAAUCGGCAGCAUUCUGUCCUGUGCACCAACCCAUUAGUGGCUUAAAAACCUAUUGUCCUGUAGUUUUUAGAGGGCUUCAAAGGACUAGACUGUGUCAGUGCCUAAGUGGCCAUUUUAUUGCAUUUCCUGUGUGUUUUAAAGGUGGUAUUUAUUUCCAUUUAGUGUAAAAAAACCAAACUGCUCUGUUCUUGAAAAGAACUUCCAAAACUGAAAUUACAAACUGAACACCUGUAAUUGAAAAGCAUAAUGAAAGUAAAUUGUGUGUACCUUGGUAGUGAUUUGAAUCUCUUUCUAUUGUGUAGUGAAUAUUUAAGCACAGCAUUUAACUGCAAUUAAUUACAUGGUUAGAUGGACAAUUUUCAUCAGUUUCUCCGUUGUAACUUAUUUUUUUUAAAAGACAAGCUGUAUCUGUACCACUGAGUAAAAAAAUUGGUACAAGAACAUUCCUUAAAUUGUUGUAAACUUCUUCAAGAUGCCUUUCCUUAUAAUGUCUGCCAGAAUGAUAGUUCUUACAGAAGAAUUAUCCAUGCUCUUGAAGUGCAUGUGUGGGUAGCUCUUUUUUCAUAUUUUGGCUGAGAAGAGGAAGACAAUGGCACCAGUGCUAUUUAAAAUCAAGUUUUACUGUACCUGAGUAACCACAUGAAAAGCUGGAGUAAUGGAUGGAACAUGAAAAGGGAUGUGAUGGGUACAACUGCUGAGUGGAGGUGGGUAGCAUAAGCAAUAAUUACUGCAUUUUUAAGAUCUGUUACAUUUUUUAAGUUGUAUGCUCGUAUAGAAUUCUUGAUCAAAUUCUGAGGAGAGAAGGAAAACAGAAGCAAUGGGAGAACACGGUUUACGCAUAUAAAAAAUUGUGUAAUGCAGUGUAUGUAGCCUGUUCAUAAAAGCCACUAAAGGAAUUAAUGUUUCUCUGGCCAUUAUAACAGGUGGUCAUAUAACUUUUUGUGAUUAAUAGGGGAGAUCUCUCAUGGGAAUAGAGGCUUUACUGGCUGUUAGGAGAAAAGACUCUAGUUAGCAGUGACUACUAGCACAGGUUUCACUGUGUUGAAUGGAAGAGAUAAUUAUAUGCUAUGGGCCAGAUUGUGAUCUCUAUUAUGCCAUUGUAAAUCUGGACAAACUCCAGUCAGUGGAGCUAUUUUAGACUUGAAUUAGCCGUCAUUGGUAUCAGAAUCUGACCCAGUGGCUUUAUCCUUUUAAUUUGCUGGGUUCCUGGAGUUCUGGAAAUAUUCUGUCCUACCUAAGGCCCAGUUCUCCCUAUGAGCACUUUUGCAGGACAUGUCUAUCUAAUGUGUAUUUACAAAAGGAAGCUGUUUAGGUCCAGAUCUUCAGUUGGUGUCAUUUAGCAUGUUCCGCAUAAAUCAGUCAGGCUGUCACAGUUUUUCUGGGGAUGUGGCUCAUGCUGUUUUUUGUGUCCUAUUGUGUAUGGCACUUGAAUAAUUUAAUUAUAACUGAGGUUAAACAAACAGGAAAGUGCUGCUGUCCAAGGUCUGCACUCAGGGUCGUGUAGUGCAAUGAACUGUGAUUCAUUUUAGGGACUGCAUCUUGAGAGAUGAGAUGCUCAGGGCAGGAUUAUGAAAUAGGAUUUAGAAGGAAAAAAGUCUGUCUUUAUGAAAAAUAGCAGGGCUGGAAAAUAAAUAAAACAAGUGUAUACAAAAUCAGGCCUUGAGGCUGCCACUUGCUCUUUGAAUGCAUUUUCAUUAAAUCUGGUUUUGUUUUCAAGCAAGAUGUUUAUGAUAAAGAAGUUGAAUUUCUUCAGUGUUGUAGCAUCACUGACGAAUGCCUUCAGAAUUUAAAGGGGACUGCUAACAUUUCUGCUAUCAGCUUCUGUAGGGGCAGAGGAACUACUCUGUGAAUAGGGAUUUACUGAGCAGAAGGGUGGUAGUCGUUGGCACCGAAUUACAAGGCAAGCUUCUGAAAGGGGCCUUCAGUGGGCUGAAAUUUGGGGAACUUUAUUUCACAAGCAGUCAAUGGAAUCUCUUCAGGUAUGUACUAAGCUCCAGGAAUUCUGGUAACCAUCUAUGGAGGGAGUUGCUCACUUGUCCUUUUUGUAUUGACUUCAUUUUUAAAAUGUCAUUUUGCUAACCUGCUCCCCUAAUGUGCAUUGGCCUUUCUUAUUUAAUUAGCUUUGUGUUGCAGCUAAUUUCCUAAUGUUUGCAAAUUGGUUACAGCACAUUAACUUAUUUUCUUCACACAUCCAUAGUGGCAUCCUAAUACCUCUAAUCAACAUAAUUGGCUUUAAAAAAAUAAAAAUGCUUACCAUAGAUAUGGAGUUGCAUUUAAUUGACCUUACAUUUAAUAGAAUGUAUUGUCUUUCAUUCACAAAGCACCUUUUUCCAGGAGAUCAGAUGCGCUGGAAAAAAUAUGUUUAUUCAGGUAAUGCUUCCUCCACCAGUUGUGUGCACAAGUAUGGAAGAUAUUUACCCAUUAUUUCAUUACUGUUUUUCUCUUCUAGGUACUGCAGUGUAAAAAGAAAUCUUGCUUGCAAUAUAGGGAUUGUAUUAAAACCCACACACCAUACAGGAACAUCUGGACCAAGGCCUUAUUACCCUACCGUGAGCUUACUUUACCUCCACCAGGUUGCAGUAAAUACAUUACAUUUAAAGGCUAAGGGCCUGUUCCACAGCUGUUGUCAAUUGGCAGAACUCCAUGGACUGCAGAGAUGCUAUUCUAAAUUAAACCAGCUUAAGAUUUAUACUGUUGUCUUAGCCUAGACCUUUUUUUUUUAUUUUGCUUCUCCACCAAAGCAUUUCUUCUCCAUUCACCACAACCCAUCUGUUCUCUUUGCUUCACACCUCCAUCUUUGAUGCUUUAUGAUAGAGCCUCUGUCCCAUCAGGUUUAAGAGAACUCACUGGGACUUGAUUCUGCUUCUUAAUUAAACCAAAGUACUGAUUGUCUGGUGGGGGUUGUUAGCUAUGCCUUGGAAUUUAUUUGAGUGCCCUGGACACUUUUACCAUCUAACUUACAUGGGAACAUGGGGGUUCACACUCUGGCCACUCUAAUUCCUAAACUUUGUCUUCUACCUCUUAAGUUUUUUCUAACAAGCUGUUGAAGCAACAGUGGUAGAUCCGUAGUGGGCCACCACAAAAAUACAUCAAUAAGUCUACAUGCCAAGUAAGUGCAUUAUAUAGCUGCCAUGGUCCUCACAACCAGUGCUGUCCUAAGACAUGAGAAAUGUGUGGAACCAGAUCAGCAACCUUUUUUAAGCUUCAAAUCAUUUGCAAUGCCUAGUUGCAUGAGCUAUAAAAUCACUGUGUAGCCCCUUACCUUGCAGCCUCCAAGGAAGGAAUGAUAGAUACCAUAUCAGAGGAGAAAGAACUGAAUGGAACAUUCACCAGUUGACAUGCCCAUUGCCCAGGGCCCUGAAGUGGUAACAGUGUUGUGUUUGGGUGGGAUUUUUCACAAGCAUAUAAGUGGCAAGUCAUUUAAUGAAACUUGUGAUCCUAAGCCACAACUCUUAGAAAUUCCACCCCAUAAUGAAAAUACUUAUAAAUAUCUCACUUUGAUCUGGGGUAUGUUUCCUGGGACUGGUUGUUUGCCAAUCUAGGGAUCACCUCCAGGGCAGGUUGCCUAAAUGUUUUAGGGACAGCUACCAGCCAGAACCUGUGUCUUGAAAAUUACUAGAACUCUUUAUAUUAGUGUGAUAGUGUGUGAUAGCGACUCAUAUAACAACUUCCCCAGGCUUAGAAAACUAGGGAAGUAUUAACAUUUAAAGCCUAAUAGAGUUUCUUUAAUAGUAUUUAUUGAAUUAAAUUGCUUCAGCAAUUCUCAGCUCUAUGAAGUGGUUAGCAGUGUUCACUGAAUGGCUUUUGAAAUCCUUGUUCUGUGUAAAAGAUGGGUAGGUUGCUGGCAUAAAAUUGUCCCCUACAUAAUGGAGAGUGAUUUAGAGUUACAUGACUUAGAUUGCUCCCUUAGCUGCAUACAGCAAGAAGACAGAUUGCCAGGUUGUUAAUCAAGUGAGGGGCACCUGUGAUGUUGGUCUUGCGUAAAUGAUGCUUUUAUAUUGAUGAAAUUCAGAUCCUACUGGGAUGCCAAAAUUCACAUUCUGUGCUGACUGCAAGCCUGCUGAACAUUUUGGAAAGAUGCCGUGUUGAGGAUGAGAAUUGGUGACUGGCCAGCUGAUGGUAUUCGUUUGUACAAGCAGCUAGCUGUAUUGUGCUGCCAAUAAAGGUCUAGCAUAGCUUACAUAGUACUACUAGCUGAUGACCCCCAUUUAGAAAUGUAAACCUAAUCUGAAAGGACCCACUGCUACCACAGAAUAUUGCUUGCUAUAUUUGUUUAUUUUAAACAAAUUUAUUGCACUCUUUUAGUGGGCCCUGUGAAUCUGCUAAUUCUUUUGAGUCAUCUAUUCUGAUUUAAGCAUUUAGCAGAAAGGUAAUGUGGGACAAUGUUGCCUUUUAUCUUGAACCAUGAAAUAACAAUCCCUAGCAAAAGUUGUAUUUCAAAAACCAUUAGAGCUAGUAAAAAAAUCCAGGUUUUCAUUUUCUGGGAUUCAAAAUGGAUUUGUUUAUUUUAUAUAUAUAUUGCUUAUAGUUUUCCAAGGUUUUUCCUUUUUUCCCCGAUACUUUUUAAAAUGAUGUUUGUUUUGAAAAUGACUUGGAGAAGACAGGAAAGGAAAAGAGGGGGAAAAAUUUAAUAAUGAAAGCUACAUUUUAUAAAUGGGAAUAAAAAGGUUCCACAGCAAAUGCUGAAAGUGGAAAUUUCAACAGUUUUUUUGUGAAACAUUAGGAAAAGAGAAUUUUUUUCCAUGAAAACAUAAAUGAUCAAACUUUUGGCUAGUUCUGAAAAUGAGCAUUUGUUCAUCUCCUCAAAAUUCAGUAGGUUACAUGAGACUAGAACUAUGUUUAUGUGCCCUCUAAAAUGUGUGUUACGGUGUUUUGGUUUCUGCUAACCUUUUGUCCUGACCCAAUAUUACAUUCACCCAUAAACAGAUCCAUUGAUCAGAUUUUCAGGUCUGCUUUUCACCUGCGUGAAGACAGUAAUGAGAGCCAUUUGGUAAUGAGAGCUACAUGGUGCUGGCACUGGUGAAUGUAAGUGCUUUUAAGGGUUCCAGACUUUGAACCCAGCUAAGACCAGAAGUAUAAGCUCAGAAGCAACUUCCCCAGCUGACAGUCAUGGCCAUCUGUAAAGGUGCCUUUCCUCACCAGUAAGUUUGAGCAAAAGAAUGAGUAUGCUAAGGAGUCUUUCCAAAGCUUAAAUCAAAACUAGAAACAUAGAGCUGUUUGAAAAACAAGCACAGAAAAUAUGGUUUUUUUAACCUAUUGGUUUUUCUGUAAAAACUUUGACUAACUCUAGUUGGUGGACCAAAAGGGAAAAGAAAUCCAGAACUGGGAGCUCUCAUCUGAAAAUGCCAUGCAGUCAAUUUUCAGCUAUUACAAAAUGGGGGUCUAUGGUUGUGCAGUGUGGGGAGUUUGUGCACACUGGGAUGUGAGUUACUGUGGCAACUAGUUUGUAUUAGUAAUUAAGAUCCAUUGUCAUAGCACCUAGUUGUUGAAAAAGUCGACACUUCUAUGGACUUGAGAACAUCUACUGGACAUGAAGUUAAUGUAGAAGAAAAACUUUUUAAAAAUCUGGAUGUUAAAAUGUAACUUUUUUGAUACAACAGGUGAAUCGUUGAAUAGUAAUUACUGGGUGCAAGCACCUGGGACUUUAGUGAACUGACCUUCCAUAACAUCUCACAUCUUCUGAAGGAAAGGAUCAAGAUCAAACUUAUUGUAUUCAAUAUUUCCAUUGACAUAGCCUGAAAAUCUAAAAUGCCCUUUAUGUAAAAUCUAAAAUGCCUUUCAGUGUUAACAGAAAAAUGAUGAACUUCAAAUCAGAGCUGCACAGAUUCUGCAAAAAUAAAUGACAAGAACUGUU